GGUUACGCUGGCCUUGUGGUGCUAUGGAGGGGUUCCCGCCGAUCGGAGAUCCCAGACAUGUCAUUGGGCAGGAGACGCCUCUCCCCCAUCUGGAUUACCAAGAUGCGCGUACCCCUCCUCCGAAUGCCUGGAGGGGUAUUAUAAGGACAGCUAGCUGGCAGCUUUAUCCGGAGCCUUCUCUUUUUUUUCAGACUCGGAUUUAUUGUUCUGUUCUUUUGAAAUUUAUAGAGCUUCGAAGCUGCACCGACUUGCGAGAAAUACAAUUUAUAUCACGAAACUAGAAAUCAUGUCUUCCUCUCCCUUCGUCGUCAAGUGGGGUAUCCUAGCCACGGGAAACAUCGCAGAGAAAUUCACCAAAGAUCUCCUCACCAACCCCGCCAUCCGCGACACCCACGAUGUGCGCCACGAGCUCGUCGCCGCAGCCUCUUCCUCCUCCGCGUCGCGCGCCCAGGACUUCAUAAACAACUGCAAGGGCCCCUCGACGGCCAAGGCAUACGGCUCCUAUGCCGAGCUGGUCGCCGAUGCGAAUAUCGACAUCAUCUACAUCGCCACUCCCCACUCCCACCAUUUCCAGAACGCCAUGCUGGCCCUGGAGGCGGGGAAGAAUGUGCUGUGCGAGAAAUCGCUGACGGUGAAUGCGAAGCAGACGAAGAAGUUGUAUGAGGUUGCUAAGGAGAAGAAGUUGUUCUUUAUGGAGGCGGUGUGGACGAGGUGUUUCCCGCUGUCUGUUAAGAUCCGCGAGAUGGUCUCGAGCGGCGAGAUUGGCGAUGUCAUCCGCGUCGUCUCCGAUCUGUCGUUCCCUGAGAACGCUGAGGGGGGGAAGUUGAACUUCCCUAACGAGAAUCGCAUGGUUAAUAAGGAGCUGGCGGGGGGUGCGCUGCUGGAUAUCGGGAUCUACGCCUUGACCUGGGUAUUCCAGAUCAUGUACACGACGCAGCCAAAACCGCGCGAGGCGCCGACGGUACUGGCUGCUAUCCAGAAGUAUGCUGAGACCGGAGCGGACGAGAUGACGAGCAUGAUCCUCCAGUUCCCCAAGCACAACGCGAUGGGGAUUGCUCUGACGGGGUUGAGGGCGGGAUAUAAGCAUGGGAAGAACUAUGGGGCUGCUAUCACAAUCACAGGAACCAAGGGCGAGAUCCAAGUCGACGGCCCAGCAUACUGCCCCACGCACUACCGCGUGAUUAUGAACUCCGACCCUUCGAAGGUGGAGGAGGUGGAAUGUCCGAUCCCCAAGGAUGAGGAGAGGGAGGGGUGGGGACAGGGCAUGUUCUGGGAGGCGGAUGAGGCGGCGAGGUGUUUGAGGGAUGGGAAGCUGGAGAGUGAGUGGAUUAGUUGGGAGGAGAGUACGUUGAUUAUGGAGACGAUGGAUGAGGUUAGGAGGCAGGGGGGGUUGGUGUAUCCGGAUUUGAUUGAGAGUGCGGAGUAUGAUCCGAAGAGCCCUCUUAAUGUGGGGAGAGCUUGAGGGGUCGUCGAUGGAUGCUCGAGAUAGAGGUAGAGCUUGAUAAUGAAUUGAGAAAUGAACAAUGAG